UCGAGGCAGCAGUCUCCAACCGCCACACACCCACAUUACUUUUGUGUCAACCACUUCGCGGGAGUUGUCACUACAGGAGCAAUCAUCCCCUUUAAACUACCCACACUAUAAACGGACAACCGGAAGGGCAACAAUGUCUGACAGAAAGGCAGUGAUAAAAAAUGCCGACAUGUCGGAGGACAUGCAGCAGGACGCCGUGGAGUGUGCCACACAGGCCCUGGAGAAGUACAACAUCGAGAAAGACAUAGCCGCAUACAUCAAAAAGGAGUUUGACAAGAAAUAUAACCCCACUUGGCACUGCAUCGUUGGGAGGAACUUUGGCAGUUACGUGACUCAUGAGACCAAGCAUUUCAUUUACUUCUACUUAGGUCAGGUGGCCAUUCUGCUGUUCAAGUCUGGCUGAGGCAAGGCAUUUUCUCAAUCCCAGCUGACCAUACAUAACAGUACUGACUGACUCCACAAAAGGCACUUAUCAUUCCUUGGCAAGGGGCCGCUGCCUUUUUCUGUGCUGCUUUCUACUUUGUUGUUUUUGAGGAUAAAAAAAAAAAAACGUGGCCAUGUUAAAGAGAUGAAACACAUGUAUUUAUUUUUGUCUUGUUAUAUUAGACAUGUCCUUUUUUUUAAUUAAAGCGUAGCUGUUAAGCUGUCUGGG